AUUAGGUUUAUGGGGUUUACAAGUCUGUGAUGACCCUCCUCAUUCAACCAGGGCUCAUGUUCUCAGCGUCGUGCUUGUUGUGGGCGGGUCCUCUCCUGCUGUCACUCAUUCUCUGGUCCAAUGCAAAUCUGUCUAUGUGUUUUGUCCCGCCCCCUUCCACGUCGACCUGCACUCUCGCCAUAUUUUCAAGCCCGUGAAUCCCGCUAUGAACAUCUUCAGGCUCACAGGAGAUCUUUCUCAUCUGGCUGCUAUCAUCAUCCUGCUACUCAAAAUAUGGAAAAGCAGGUCGUGUGCAGGCAUCUCUGGAAAGAGCCAAAUUCUGUUUGCUCUUGUGUUCACCACACGUUACUUGGAUCUGUUCACCUCUUUCAUCUCCCUGUAUAACACAUGCAUGAAGCUGAUCUACAUCGGUUGCGCAUAUGCCACCGUAUACCUAAUCUACGCGAAGUUCAGGGCCACCUACGAUGGAAACCACGACAGUUUCAGAGUGGAGUUCCUGGUGGUUCCUGUCGGGGGUCUUUCUGUUCUCAUUAACCAUGACUUCUCUCCCCUGGAGAUCCUGUGGACGUUCUCCAUCUACCUGGAGUCGGUGGCAAUUCUGCCUCAGCUCUUCAUGAUCAGCAAGACCGGGGAGGCUGAGACGAUCACCACCCACUACCUGUUCUGCCUGGGGCUGUAUCGGGCCCUUUACCUCUUCAACUGGAUCUGGCGUUUCUACUUUGAGGGCUUCUUUGACAUGAUUGCCAUAGUGGCUGGUGUGGUCCAGACUGUCCUCUACUGUGACUUCUUCUAUCUUUAUGUCACCAAAGUGUUGAAAGGCAAGAAGCUGAGCCUGCCAGCGUAAAAAAGCAUGGAAGGAGACGGCGACUCCGAGCAGACUCAGGAGGUGUGGAGAGGAAGUCAUGGAUUCUCAUGACCUGUAGUAAAAGACGCCUGAGACAGAGAGCCAACUAUCGGGGGGAAAAAACACUAGUCUUCUUGAUGAUUACUGAUGGAACUGGUAAAUGCCAACAAACACCAGAGCUGAACAAAGAUCAGUCCAGAUCAACUAUUGGAUUUUUGUGUUCAGCAUCUUGCCUUAAGCUUUUUUUCAUUGCUGUUCAAAUAGGAGAAAAGGAUUUGGUUUUUUGUUUUUUUUGUGCGUUUUUCCGCUACAUGUGAGGUGUAUGCGCUUUUUUUUUUCUUUUUCUUUUUUUUCUUUUUAAAGUUUU